UUUUGUCCGCCUUCCUGCUAAGCAUGGGUCGGAGUAGAGUGGACUCCGCAGCGGCCGAGAAGGCGUGUGCAGCGGUCCGCAACGGCAGCAUGUCACGCUACGCUGCCGCUGCUGCCUUUGGGUUGAGCAAGACCUCGCUACUGCGGCGCCUGAGCGGUGAGUGCGACAUGGACGCACGGGUUGGCCACGGGACUGUGCUGACGAAAGAGGAAGAAAAUGCGCGGAAAAGAUGUGCUGCUGUACGCUGGUCGGAACUAUAUUCCUCUCACGACGACCUGAAGGAGCGUGUGAGACAGCUCUGCAACGACGGCCGGCCGAUCCCAUGGGACCCCGACAAGGGCCCGGGGAAGUCGUGGUUGCAGGGCUUCCUCCGAAGGCACGAUCGCAUCAGCCUUCGACUCGCCCGCAUCUACGAGGCCAACAGGAUGACCUCGCCGGAAGAUGAUCGUCUGCACAACUUCUACAAGUUCUGGCAGGAGUUCGUCAACGAGCACAAGCCAGCACCCGACCACGUUUGGAACACGGACGAGUCAGGUGAGCAUCUAGACUAG